AUGAACAGUGAAGAGGAGUUUUACGACGCAGAGACAGGGCUGGAGUCAGAUGAUUCAUGUGAGCAGAGUUUUAAAGAUGCCCAAGUGUCCAAAAGUGCCUCUCAGGAGAACGGCCUGUGGCAACGCAGGAAAACGUUGCCAGCAGAUAUGGUCUCCAGAAAUAACUUCAGUGUGUGGAACAUCCUGAAGAAAUGCAUUGGCAUGGAGCUGUCCAAAAUCGCGAUGCCGGUGGUGUUCAAUGAGCCGCUGAGCUUUCUCCAGAGGAUCUCGGAGUACAUGGAGCACACUCACCUCAUCCACGAAGCCUGCAGCCUGUCGGACCCCAUCGACCGCAUGCAGGUUGUAGCUGGAUUCGCUGUGUCGGCUGUAGCAUCUCAAUGGGAACGGACUGGAAAACCAUUUAAUCCUUUACUUGGCGAAACAUUUGAACUCAUAAGGGAGGACGAGGGUUACCGGUUGGUCUCGGAGCAGGUGUGCCACCAUCCUCCGGUCAGUGCCUUCCACGCUGAGUCUCUGAACAAGGACUUUGUUUUCCACGGCUCCAUUUACCCCAAACUCAAGUUCUGGGGGAAAAGCAUCGAAGCCGAACCCAAAGGCACCAUGACGCUGGAGCUGCUCAAACAUAACGAAGCCUACACGUGGACGAACCCUCUGUGUUGUGUCCAUAACGUCAUCCUCGGGAAACUUUGGAUUGAGCAAUACGGAACUGUGGAGAUCCUCAACCAUAGCACCGGAGAUAAGUGUGUUUUAAACUUCAAAUCUUGCGGCAUGUUUGGAAAAGAGCUGCAUAAAGUAGAAGGCCACAUUCAAGACAAAAGCAAAAAGAAGCUCCGGGUCAUUUAUGGGAAGUGGACGGAGUGCAUGUACAGUGUUGAUCCUAAAGUUUACGAAAUGCACAAAAAGUCUGAAAAGAAGAGCGCAAAGGAGUCUAAAAAGACAAAACCGGAUCAAAGUUGUGAAGAAGAAGAUUCAGACGAUGUCCCAGAGUUUCAAGAGACUGUGACUGUGAUUCCAGGAAGUGCCUUACUGUGGAGGAUUACACCGCGGCCGCCUAACUCCGCACAGAUGUAUAAUUUCACCAGUUUUUCCAUGACACUAAACGAGCUGGAGCCAAACACAGAGCGACUACUGCCACCGACGGACUGCAGACUGCGGCCCGACAUCAGGGCCAUGGAGAACGGAGACAUAGACACAGCCAGUUUAGAGAAAGAGCGACUUGAGGAGAAGCAGAGGGUGGCGCGGAAAGAGCGCUCGAAAGAUGAGGAGGAAUGGUCCACAAGGUGGUUCCGUCUGGGCACAAACCCUCACUCUGAAGCAGAGGACUGGCUGUACACAGCGCCGCCUGCCGUCUGCCAUCAGCAUUGUUUUGUGUUUGGCAACUGGCUGUCAAACGCACACAUGAAAGGUCGAACAACAUUUUAG